AGGCAGAAGCACAGUAAGCAGAGACGGCAAUUCAAUUCAUUUUCAUUCGUUGUUGGUACUCUCUGUGUGUGUUUUCAAUAAAGCGAGCGGCGCGCGAACCGAGCCAUAAGCCAAGACCAUACCAUACCAUACACCAUAUAUUCUGUAUUUUCCGCAUCGCAUUCGCAUCGAUACUGUGUAUAGUGUAUAUAUGCCAUACCAACAAAACACAAGCGAUACGAUACGAUACGAAAGGCGUAUGCAGCGCUGUUUGUUUAUUUUUUACAAGCUAAAAACAAACGACAAAACAAAUCAGCCCAAGCCGCGAGCAGCGUUUCGCGCUACAAAAAAAAAGGCAAAAUAAAUAAAUAAAAUACAAUACGAAAAACGCGUGUGUGAACAGUGUGAAUUUGGGAUUUUCGAAUUUGGAAAUUCGAAUUUUUUGUUGGCUCGUACCGCACCACCAGGCGUACGUACAUACAUACAUUCGUAGCCGUAGCCGUAGCCGUGCAUACAUACGUGCAAUAAUCAAUACAAUACGACGUACAUACAACAAACUGCGUAGAACAGUAUUAAAACAACAACAAGAAAGACAAAAAACUGGCUUAAGACUUGCGUUCGUGUGCGUUUUACAUACAAACACACGCGCACCCAGUACAUGUACAUACGUUUGUGCGAGAAAGAAAGUUACUAAUUAGGACUAAAGUGGAGGAAAUCCAACGGAAAUUCAACUAUAAGCCCAUCCAGCAGUAAGACAAUCGGACUCGAUCCGAUUUCGCACAGUUAUGGAACACUUUCAUCAAAUACAGCAAACAAUUCAACACUAUCAGCAGCAACUGGCUGCUCAGCAACAACAACAAGUACAACAGCAACAGUUGCAGCAGCACCAGGUGGUGGUGCAGCAGAAUCAACAGCAGGCGCAUCAGAAUAGCUCCAACACCACGGCCGGCGUGGGCACCCAACAGCUGUUCACAUACAAAAUGGCCAGCAGUUUUCCGAAUCCGGCCACAACGAUGGCCCAGGUGGUGGCCACCUCAAACGCAGCCGGCACCACAGGCUAUGACUAUCGCCUGAAUAUGGCACAGGCGGCCGCAGCAGCCGCCGUUCCGGGCUCCCAGUGGUGGUACUCGGCCGCCAAUCAGGGCCAGGUCGAUGCCAAUACGGCGGCGCAACUGCAGCACCAGCAGCAGCAACAGCAGCAGCAGCAACAACAGCAGCAGCAACAGCACCAGCAGCAACAGCAGAUGCAACAGCAGCAGCAGCAACAGAAUGUCAUCAACUCGGUGGCGAGCCCCAUGAUCAGAGGCAAGGCAGAUGCCAAGCCCAGAGGCCGAAUGACCGCCUACGCCUACUUUGUACAAACUUGCCGAGAGGAGCACAAAAAGAAGCACCCCGACGAGACGGUGAUAUUUGCCGAGUUCUCGCGGAAGUGUGCCGAAAGGUGGAAGACAAUGGUGGACAAGGAGAAGAAGCGCUUCCAUGAGAUGGCCGAGAAGGACAAGCAGCGGUAUGAGGCGGAGAUGCAGAACUAUGUGCCGCCCAAGGGAGCGGUGGUGGGCCGCGGCAAGAAGAGGAAACAAAUCAAGGACCCCAAUGCUCCAAAACGUUCAUUGUCUGCGUUCUUCUGGUUCUGCAACGACGAGAGAAAUAAGGUGAAGGCACUCAAUCCCGAGUUCGGAGUGGGCGACAUUGCCAAGGAGCUGGGCAGAAAGUGGUCCGAUGUGGAUCCCGAGGUCAAGCAGAAGUACGAGUCGAUGGCCGAGCGAGACAAGGCUCGAUAUGAACGCGAGAUGACCGAGUACAAGACGAGCGGGAAAAUAGCCAUGUCCGCACCGUCGAUGCAGGCGUCGAUGCAGGCGCAGGCACAGAAAGCCGCGUUACUUGCCGCCGCUGCCCAGCAGCAGCACCAGCAGCUGGAAGAGCAGCACGACGACGACGAUGGGGACGGAGAUGAUGACGAGAACCAAUAGGUUUAGCAGUAAAUACUCUUCACUAUUUAUACACACGCUCGUUGUCGUCACGCUGGAGUUGGAGGAGAACACGAUGAACAUGAUAGCGUUGGUCCGAUCUAUUCUCAGGUUGGCCAAUGUGUGUUGAAUAUAUAUUUAUAUAUAUAAGGGUGUUCUUUUUAGAGGUUCCGUUUACCGGUAGCAGCAACGAAUUGUCAUCUGAAUAUUAAAGAAAUGGACUAACAAUAUGGGCGCAGGAAGGGUUCUAAUUUUAAGGAUGUGCUGGGAUCUCUCGUGAAUCUCGAAUGGAAAAUGAGUGGUCUGGGUCUCAGAUAGCACAGAAAUCUCUGCAAAGAGGUGUUCAAGAUGAAAGUGGACUAUUGUUCCUAGUGUAUGUCGCAGCAACACGAAGUCUCAAGGGAUUCUGUGAAGCCUGUGCGACUUUUCAAGCGAUUUGCUGCAAUAUCUCUACAGAUUUCUGUGAUUGGAAAGCCAAAGCACAAAUUGUUUUGUUUUAUUUUUCCCCCAUUUGUGUGAGAAUUUUCAGUGGUUAUCGGGAAGUGGAACCUCUAAAAAACACCUAUUAUGUAUAUGUAAAUGCAUAUAUAUAAAUAAUAUAUAAUUUUUUUUUUUAACAUAAGUAAUCAAAUUUCCAUGAAUUAUGAAGAUAAAUCACAAAGAAACCUUUUAUAAGUUCUAUGUUAAGAUGAAUACGAUUAAGUAUGGUUAGAUUAAAAUGACACUCGUCUGUCUGCGAACCUUAUUUGUGCUUCAGUGCUAAGUUUCUCCUAAACGUAAUAAGAAGAUUAUUUUAUAAAUUGAAGAAAAGAAAUCCAUCAUGAUGUCAUUCGUUCUCAGCAACUAUGAAGGUUACCACUACAUUUAUAAAUAUUGGUACAUAUUUCCCAUUUAUUAAAGUUAGAUUCACCAUAAUGAAACUACACUUAAUGCGUUCGAGUUUAUGUGUCCCCGGCGAGAGGAAAAGAAGAACAAACUCAAUCAAACGUGAUAAUGUGAAAUACUUAACUCAGUGGCGGGUGAUAUCUCGGUCUAUCUAUUCUUUGCCUCUCCAAACCCCUUGGGUACGAUAUAUACAAAUUUCAAUAGGAAACCAGGAAGAAAGCACUUUAGUUCAUUUCAUAUUCGAAUAUUCAGUUUUGCGAUCCUUGAGUUAGGAGCCUCGGAGCGAUUUGGGUUUGUGUUCAUUUGUAAAUAUAUACAUCAACUAUAAUAGCCACGAUCAUAGGAUCCAGCGUUUUGGGGGACGGAUGGGGAGCCACCAAAACGAUAUCUCGGCUGAGCUGGCCAUGUACAUACUAUUUGAAGUAUUAUUUAGAUGAGACUACGUAGAAAUUAACGAGAAUCGAGAGCAAAUAAAGAGAUACAACCCUAAUAUUAGAGUAGACUUCAGCGGGACUGCAAAGUAAUGUAAAUUGCCUAGUAGGUUCGAGGGGGCGAAGUGAACCCAGUGUUUACGUCGGUCCCAAGGACCCAAUGAAUGUUCCAGGCACAGCAAGUGUGUGUUUAUGCAGAUGUAAAGGGAGACGAUCCUCCGGCCUAUAUCGCCUCGCUCUGCCACGAUCGAUAUGGGCUGGAAGCCCGUUUCCCUCUAUAUGGCAUGUAUAAGCUAAGUAGUGGUUAGAUAUUAUAACGUGAUAAGAGAGGAGCUGAAACUAUAACGAAGGACGCGUCGGUGGUCGGUUCACCAGGACGCCUCUAUCCACAUAUACCCCUAACUUCGCUCUCCCCACGUUAUGAGUGCGCGACAUAUUGUAAAUGUAUGUAUUAAUAUUGAUAUCUAUAUUUUUUAGCAUCAUUUUGAUAGAGAAUAACUCGCCACCGAGAUUAUAUUCAUAGAAGUGUGUCUAGGUUAAACCUUUAUAUCCUAAUUUCCCACAAAUUGACGGCACUCGUCGCCACGCAUAAUAAAUUACUAUGAAAAAUUCCAGUUCCCUGUGCGCUUUGUUAUAAGAACUAAACUAUUAUAAAAUAAACUUUUAGAACUGA